AUGGUAAGGGGUAAUAUUCUGGAUGGCGUUGGCCUUGCAUCACCUGUCCACAGGAUUCAUCUCGGCCAGUCAUCUCAGGCAGUCAUCUCGGGCAAUCAUCUCGGCCAGUCAUCUCAGGCAGUCAUCUCGGGCAGUCAUCUCAGGCAGUCAUCUCGGGCAAUCAUCUCGGGCAUUCAUCUCGGGCAGUCAUCCCGGGCAGUCAUCCCGGGCAGUCACCUCAGGCAGUCAUCUCGGCCAGUCAUCUCGGCCAGUCAUCUCGGGCAGUCAACUCGGCCAGUCAUCUCGGGUAGUCAUCUCGGGCAGUCAUCUCAGACAGUCAUCUCGGGCAGUCAUCUCGGGCAGUCAACUCGGCCAGUCAUCUCGGGCAGUCAUCGGGCAGUCAUCUCAGGCAGUCAUCUCGGGCAAUCAUCUCGGGCAGUCAUCUCAGGCAGUCAUCUCGGGCAGUCAUCUCGGGCAGUCAUCUCAGGCAGUCAUCUCGGCCAGUCAUCUCGGAGAAAACAAUUCUUUUUUGCCUAUGGAAUUGUUAAAUGUUCAUGA